AUGGCGGCUAUAAAUGACAAGAAUAAAAUUGAUCUAUCUCUCCAUUUCACUAGUCCUCGAAUGGCUUCAUUCAGUAUAUUGUUAGUUUAUUGCAUGUGCAUAUUAUUAAUCGUCGUAUGUACCAUCUGCCUGAUCACCAUAGAUACAAAUUUCCAGAGAUCAGUGAAAAGACUAAUUUCUUUAAUGUUUUGUCAAGCCAAACCUACAAAAUCUGAAACCGAUGGGAAGCACGAUAGUAGCCUGGAAGUAAGUGACAUAUCUGAAGUAGAUGGCCCGACAUAUUCUUGUAGCUCGUGCCUCAAAAGUAUUCUCACCUGCAAAUGUUUAACAAUAACGAAAGAUGGAACAAAGAUUAAAAUUAAAUCUGCAUUACCUAUGAGUUCAAUAUACAAGAGACCGAGAAUCAAGAAAGACGUGUUGAAAGGACAGUCUACAGAAGAUAUUUACGUCACUGAAAAUUACCGACAAAAGGGUGAUAUAUUUAGAGUACGCUUAGAGUUCUUAUCUGAUCUAGCUGCCUAUAUGAAUAUGCGUGCUCUGAAACACCUGACAAGAGAAUCUGUUCUGUCCAGAAGCUCGAAUGAUAAACCCAUCACUAACGAAGAUGCUCUCUACGCCUCCGAAUCUGAUGCGGCGUUCUACGGUAAUUGA